AUGGCUGAAGCUGCAGUACCAUAUUUUCGAGAAUGCAUUGUAGAAGAACCAUCAAAAGAAAAAACAAGUGAAGCAAUGCUUUCCGACGAAUGUGAUUCCUGUAUCACAACAGCAAGCAAUCUAGUGAACCAUCAUAAGGUGAAGGGCACACCUGACAAAGUGGUUUUCAAUGAUGGACCAGCAGCAGGUGUUUUAAGUCAUUUGAAGGGUUGUACACGCACAAUGCAUUUACAUGAAGCAGAUGUAACAUUGAAAUCCUUGGGAUUGGCGUUACCUUCUCCAAUUGAUAUAACACCAACUAGAGUCGAUCCUUUUCGUUCAACUCUAAUGGCUUUACACGAAAAACCAAGUAGCUUUACACGGAUAUUAAAAAAUGAGAGAAUUCAAGUGGCCGGCUCAAAGCUUAAUAUUUUUGGUGCUUCUACAGGUGAAUUAUUAGCAGCUGAACUAGCCAGACAAGCAGCAUGCAUGGCAGCCGAUGCAUUAUUUGAACGAUUCAUUCUUUGGCCGAUAGACGGCGAACCAAUUCCAAAUGAAGAUUGUAUCAAAUCUAUUGACGUGACACAGUUUCCUACUUUGGAACAAUUUGCAGUAUUGUGCGGAUUCUUCCAUGACCUAUAUUUGGAUUUGGAACAAGAAGGAAAAGAUAUUUUAGCUGAACAAGCAUUUAGUUUUCGAGUUGCUGGUAGCCAAGAAGGUGUCCAGGACAACGUUUCGGCAAGGUUAAACAAAUGCGCCUUAGCUUGCUAUCGAAUUGCUGGAUUAUGUGCCUUAGUUGAAGCAGCCUUUGAUAUAGCAGCAGAAUAUGUCGAAGAAUAUGUGACAUUUGGUACAAGUACAACAGAUGAAACUUUUUUCCAUCGGGCUAGCAAAGUGGCUGAACGGAAAUAUGGGCAAAUUAUACGGAAAGAACAACGUUUGGUAAUUGAUACUGAUAUGUGCAAGAGAGCACAUGAUGUAACUGUUCAAAAUCUUGCACAGUAUAUGGCUCUGAUGAAGAUACAAAAUGAAGAUAAAAGCAAUUGGUUGAUGCAAAAUGCCCGCACAAUCAAAGGAAGAAUGCGAUAUAUUACGCCUGCGGAUAAUAUUGAAGUAGUUCAACACAAGAAUGCAAGUGCAAUGUUUGUCAAUAACGAGAACACACUUCAUUUAGCACUGACAAGAAAACAAAAGAAUAUGCUAACAAAGAUCAACCACUACAAAGUUUCGAUAUUGCUUCAUCCGUCGUUGGUUUUUAUCAAAAGUAGUCUGUAUACAAAUAGUUCGCUAAAGAAAGCUAGUUCAAUCUUAGAAGCAAGUUUUUUAAAACCUCUAGUGGAUGAUGGUUGUCUUGUUGCAAUAUAUAAUGGUUUUAUUUGUCGCAAAAGCAAAGUGCCUGUUUAUGUUAAGAUGGUACCAUGUGCAGAUGAAGAAUCAAAGGAAGCAUUUAGUGUUCGUUUAACAAGUUUUCAUGAUCAAAGACUCAACAUGAGUACUUAUCUGGCUGCUUGUAAAAAUAUUGCAUUUCAUAGUUCAGGUGUAAUUAGUCAGGAGGUGAUUGAAUUACUUCAACUUGAACAUUAUCAAAGCUUUAAAGUUGAUUUUUUAUCAUUGACUCGUCGAAUUUCCCGUGACAAUGGAAACGAUAAUCUGAGUCAUACAUGUUCCAAUUCAGAACAAGACAAUUCGCCAAUCAAUAGCCAAAGCAACAUGAUAGCAAGUGAAGAUGAUUAUUCCAACAAUCCAUCGUUAGAUGGAGAAAGUAUUAAAAAUCCUAGAUCAAAUAUCUCUAACUUAUUUGAUCAUCUUUCUGAAAUUGAUGAUGCAAGUAACGCAAGUGCUACUGCAUUAGUCGUCAUCAAUGAAGAAAUAGUGGAAGAAGAGCCCGAAAUAAAUCACGAUGAAACGAUAAUGGUAAACCAGAAUUCUGAAAUUAAACGAAAAACAACUAAUAAUGAAGAAAUAUAUGAAGAGGAACUCGUUGAAAGUGAAAGUUUCUCUGAAACAAUCGCUAAACGCUUACGUAGUCAACAUCGAAAACGUUCAAAACCUUCAGGCCGAUGA